AUGCAAGAAAAAAGUAAUGAUGAGCAGAGUUCAGAUGCCCCUACAACCUUCAAUAGUGAUGCUACACAAUUAGACAAUUUGACAGAGGAUCCGUGGCAGAAUAUAUCAAGGGCUGCUUCCAUAGUCUCUCGAAAUACCAAUCUGACGGCAGAUCCUGAUGAUAUAUUGAGUUAUGACCAGCGUAUUUUCGACAAGACCAAUACCAACCAUUCGAAGCAUACUCUAAGCAGGGUACAAACGUUUAUAUCUGAGGAGAUCAAUGAUGAGAUCCCGGAUACAUUUACUGGAUGGGGUUUACUUUCUACUAUCGGGUGCACCAUCUUUAAUUUCAACACCUGGGGAUCCAAUUCUGCCUAUGCCUUGUAUCUUCAGGAAUAUAUCCAUGGAAACCUUUUCCCGGGAACCAGUGAAGUACAAUUUGGUGCCAUUGGUGGUCUAACUUUUGGAAGCGGUUUGAUCUUUGCUGCGUUUAUCAAUCACAUGAUUGGUUAUUUUGGUCUUCGGCAAACCAUCAUAGCAGGUGCUGUUGUGCAGUUUGCUGGUGCUAUGCUCGCAUCCUUUUCCACAAAAUUAUGGCAGCUUUAUUGUACCCAAGGUGUUCUGCAAGGUAUAGGCAUGGCCAUGGUGGCAGUACCAAUGGUAACUAUUGUUCCACAAUGGUUCAAAGGAGGACCUGGUGGAAAAAGAAACUUGGCUGUCGGCAUUCAAUCUGCAGGCUCUGGUAUCGGUGGUAUAGUUUAUAAUAUAGGGAUGGAGCCUAUAUUAAAGCAGAGAGGAUGGCAUUGGGCUCUCAGAACCCAGGCAAUCAUUUGUAUCGUCCUAAAUCUUAUUGCAGUGAUGAUGGUGAAAGCCAGAGAUGAGCAUAUCAAACCAAUUUUCAAAAUCUACGAUAAGAAAGUGUUUUCAAGCUUUGGCUGUAUGGUUAUGAUGGUUUGGGAGAUGUUUACUUUGCUAGGUUACGUAACCUUAAUGUAUACUUUAGGAGACUUUACCCGAUCUCUGGGAUAUGGAGCGCAGCAGGGAUCCAUUGUUUCUACCAUGGUAUCUGUUGGUAUCAUAUAUGGUCGUCCUAUUGUGGGACAGUUCGCAGACAUUUUCGGACCCGUUCAGACUGCCAUUUUGGCCAGCUGGUUAACGAGUCUCCUUGUUUUCGCCAUGUGGCUCCCAUGCAAAAACUAUGCAACUGCUAUUGCGUUUGCACUUUUAGAAGGCUCCAUAAUGGGUACCAUCUGGAUAACUAUGCCUACAAUUAAUGGUGAGGUUAUAGGACUUCAAAAGUUUGGUAUUGGUAUGUCUCUCACGUGGAUUGCCGUGGGAUCAUCUGGACUCGUUUCUCCAAUCAUUAGUAUAGCUUUGAAAAGUAGCACCUCCGAAGGCAGGUCUCAAUAUAGGGAUCCAACCAUUUUUGUGGGCUGCUGCUACUUUGGUGCGGGACUUACAUUAUGCGUCUUAAGAGGUUGGAUCAUUGUAAGAAACGAGCUGACUCCGAAUCUAAAUUCCGAAAAAGAGACUUUAAAAGUCAGAGUCCCUCCAAAACAAGCUCUCAGGGGAUUUUUCAGAUUAGGCGAUUACAGGGUUUAG